AAUCGGCGACACUUUCAGGAGGAACGACGGUGAAACCGGCGCGCAUUAACGCGAGCCUGUCGACGGAGGGGCGCGGGGAGCUCCAGAUGGCCGCGAGGACGCGGAGAGAGAGGGGAGGAAGCGCUUGGAGCGGAGCCGGGGACUGCCCACGGUGGAGGGGCGGAGCGGUAAGCAUGCGCUGAGCUGGCAGACUCUGGGCUGGUCCUGACGGGCUGGCUGGGCUCCGGGCGGCUGUCUGCGCGCUUCAGACGCUCGUGGGGGACACUACCAUCCGCACGCAGCGUCUCCUCGCGUGUUUGGAGGCAGGAAGCGCCGCGAGAGGGACGCGGGGGGAGCCGCGCGCGCUCGGAUAUUGGACUCUACCCCACAUCCCGCCAACCCGCCCUGUCCACCCUACCCACGACUCGGUGCCAGCCCUCCGGUCUGAACCGCCCUCCCACCUCCCCCACGAGAGCCGCGACCACCCACAGGACACCCCCACUUGACCAGCGUCGCGAUUGAGCGAUGCGCUUUGAAUUCAGGAAGGAGUCGUCCGUGCGUUUCUGACAACACCACCAGCUCCUCGUUCGCGAAGGCUCCGGAUCUGGGUGUUUACACUUUUUGACGGGUUUCCAGUGGCAUGAUACCACGAGGCACACACCAGCCCACGACAACAGACACGGCCGUCAUUCCUCACCUUAGUCUUUAUUUAAACAACAAGCUGUCAAGACGCUGCGUUUCGCCUAUGCUGUAUUUUUCCAUGCUUAGAAAUAAUCCUGACAAUGGUCUGGGAGCGGACCGCCUCUCCAGACACCUAGUGGUAUUUUUUCAGGACGUGUCAGCUCCUUUUCUCGUUUUUUUUUUUUUUUUUAACGAAGUGACGGCGACAAAUUGACGAGGAGUCACUCGACGCCGACGCCGUUCAGCCGCAGGACUUGUGCGCGCGAAGUUUGCACCGGGAGCGAGCGACCGAGCCGGAGACAUCUCGGCCAAAUCCACGGCGUUCUCCCUUGAAGGCGGGAGGUCGGCGGGUCGUCAUGCUGUCCCUGGACGAGCCUCUGGACCUCAAGCUGCCUCGACGGGCCAACGGGCGGGACCGGGGGGUCCGCGCGCCCUCCUUCCCCCCGCUGCACCCCAGGCGCGCCCGCCUGCUGCGCAUGACGGACGACGGCACCGCGGUGAUAGAGCCGGCCUCGCCGGGCUGCCCGCGCACAGGCGCUCCGGUGGGCCCCGGGGACCGGACAGGCACCCCCACCCCUCCUGCAGUGGACCUGAGCAUGUCGCCAUGCUCCCGCCACACGCCCAGCUCUCCAGAAACCACCAACGGCAGUUAUGUCCCCUCAGGGAAUUCUCACAUCUCACAGGCCUUCCAGUUUUUUGUGCCAAUCGGAGCUGGGGCGGGACUUCACCUCCCGUCCUCCAUGUUUAUUGGCAAGACGGGUGACAAGCGAGCGUCCCCAGAGCUGUCGGCAGACGAACAACUGGCCUGCCGCUGGAAGAAGUGCCAUCUGCUCUUUGACUCCUUGCAAGACCUAGUGGACCACGUGAACGACUUCCACGUCAAGCCUGAAAAGGAUUGUGGGUACUGCUGCCACUGGGAGGGCUGUGCUCGCAAAGGGAGGGGCUUCAACGCCAGGUACAAGAUGCUCAUCCACAUCCGCACUCACACUAACGAGAAGCCCCACCGGUGUCCGACCUGCAACAAGAGCUUCUCACGGCUGGAGAACCUCAAGAUACACAACCGCUCACACACGGGUGAGAAGCCCUACAUUUGUCCUUACGAGGGCUGCAACAAGCGCUACUCCAACUCCAGCGACCGCUUCAAGCACACGCGCACUCACUACGUGGACAAGCCCUACUACUGCAAAAUGGUGGGCUGCCUGAAGCGCUACACAGACCCCAGCUCCCUCCGCAAGCACAUCAAAGCCCACGGUCACUUCGUGGCCCAGGAGCCGGGCACCGCGGGGGGCGUGGGCUCCCUGCUGAAGGGAAGCCAGAGCGGAGGGCUGGUUAGUGGAGCGGGGAAAGACCCAGAGCUGUCCUACGUGAGUGGUGCCCACAUCAUCAUCCCAGGGGCGGCAGCCGCUCUCCUGGGGGGCCACGCUCUGCAGGGCCUGGGCGGUGCCCUGCCCCUGUCCCCCAUCAGUCCCCGGCCCCUGGACCUCAGCACGCUGGGCUGCCCCAACUCCCCGCCCGGCAGCCUGGGAGGUGCGCCCAUCCUCUCCUUCAACGGCCCCCCGCUGUGCUUGGCCAAGUCGCCCCUGCUCUCCCCGGCGUUCCCCUCUUCGGCCCUGGGCCUGCCCAUGGUGCCCGUGCUGGGGUCCGCGUCGGAGCGCAGGGCCCCGAGCCAGCAGGGGAAGAAGGCCCGGGCGGAGGAGGCGGAGAGCGAGGUGACUGGAGGAGUCCUGAACCUCUCCACGGGAGGCUCCCACGACCCCCUGUCCUGGGUGGUCAUCCCCCCAGGCACCGUGGUGCUCAAGCCAGCUGUGGUCAACUGACACGCGCACACUCACACAUUCCAGAAGAGCUCAGGGGGUUGGGUGGGGUGGGGGGGCGACACAGAGAGGGUACGAUCAGCCAUAGACAAUGUGGACGAAUCACAAUCAAAUAAAGCCAAUAUCGGAGCUAUAACGCUGCACCUCAUCAGAACGAAGAGUUCAACGCAGGCCUGUUUCAUUGUUGGGAACCCAGGGGGUCUGAGAGCCCUGUUCAGGAACAUGUGUGUUUGGUGUGUCAACUUAUCUUCUACUCAUUCCUGUUUGCUGGUUCUGUGACCGUGGCCCAUAAACGUGACCUCUGAGGUCUUAGAAAGGUUCCGAUUUAUCGAUUAGGUAUUUAUGCCUGUACUUGAUUGACGCUUCCAUCUCAGCAGUGAGACAGACACAGCGUGAAGCUGAGCGACGCGCUCGGCGGAGCAAAGCCUCCCCCAGUUAUGACCUAUUUUUCACAGGCGUGUGAUGAAUAUGAUUCAGACGAGCUUGCCAUACCAAAGCAAGUAAACUCAAACGCUCUUGGAUCCGUGCAGGAAACGCUGCACGUUCAGGUCUGAGACAGUUGAACUGAACGUAGACUCGAUAGAGGGACCUGGUUAAAGAAUCGAAACCUCAACACUGCUGCUAACCGCUUCCCCGGUGCAACGCCCACUGGGAGAGAGCACUUUUGACAAUCUGUCCCCGGGUCGGGGAGGGUAACACGACCCAGCCUAGUCCACCACAGACAAGGGGCUUUUAGGACACAGAGCGAACUGAGGACUUAACACAGACAAGUGGUGUUCUAUCACCUGACAAUGACCAAUCAUCACUUCCUCUUUUUACACAAGCGGACUGAGCACUGGUGUGUCUGGCGCCCCCCUCUGGCCGGACGCCGUCUGUGCACCACCCCGCUCAGCAUUUACAGAACUAGCACUGUUUCACUCCUGGAUUGUCCAGCUGCUUUCCCGUAAUCGAAUCAGCGCAGCCAGUUUUGUGCAUGAAAGAGCCACUGUGCUGAACAACACUAGUGUCUUGUGUCUUUUUCCGAAAGUCGCCCGGCACAAAACCAGCUGUGAGAAACAGGUGGCCGUCCAGCGGAGGUUUAGGUUCUGAACGAGCUCGGGCUGAUGUGUUGUGCAGCUACCUGGAGAGGGUGAAGUGGGACGUGUGCGUGGGGUCGAUACACACUAUGCCACGUACAGCCGGACUCACUAGGAAGCCACACUAUUGUAAACUGCCUCAUCUUAUUCUGUCCAAAGGGGCGAGAAAGACUCAACCUGUUACUGCAGAGCCCUGAAAUCCAGUUUGUGUCAGGAUGGUUUUCUCUGCGUGCGAGGUCCUUCCAGGUGCAUCACUUGGUGCGAACGCAUGUGUCAUGUCGACCGGCUUCUCCUCAGAGGAGCAGAAGAGGAUCCUCACCACACAGGAACAUUCCCCCAAGGGACAGACACUCAAUCCUCUGUCGCUCCCUCCACCAUCUGUUACAUUGGUGGUUUUCAUUUUCCAUCGCUCAGUCUUAAAAAAUAUUCAGUCAUAGCUAUUUUAUAUGUUUGUCUUUUUUUCUGUUUUUUUUCGCUGUUGUUCAGACGAGACAUUUUUUCUGAUGUUGAAUUUGCGGCUGCUCUGCUUCCUGCUGCUGACAGCGAGUCUGUUGAGGGGUUGAAGACGAGGAGAGACUCAUCUUGAUGAGUAAUUCUUAAAUUGAUUUGAACUUGAACACAAUUUUACUUCCUAGUCAGGUUAGUAGGGAGGCUCAUAUUCACAUUCAUGGUCCCCUGAGGAUGACUUAAGGAUUCUUUUACUAGGUACAACUGCGGAUCCAUGUUAAAGCGGCUCCUGGUGGUGCCUCAGAGCGUUAGCCUGGCUCUGCACUGUUUGUGUUGUUCUUAUGAAAUGCUAAAUAAGGUUGCCUGUUUAAAUCACCGUGUGUGAAGGUGAUAACAUUACCAGCGCACUUCCUAGAGGGUUCAGGCUUAACACGGCUAGAGCCACGUCUCAAGGCAAAUUGUCUAGGGGGUUGAGGCUUAUGUAAACUCUGCUCCCUUUGUUCUGUGCUUUUAAUUCCCUCCAAGCGAAGCAAGAGGAGAAGAGAAAUAAUUUCUGAUUAUGAAAUGGUGGUCAGCGCCUGGGAGAAAGUGGGAGUAAACGGAUGGGCUGAGUGAAUAAAUGAAUGAACAGUGGCUAGUGAGCGAUGAGGGCAGGGGCUGUGUGCCAGCAGAGCAUAGCAGCGCUGUGCAGCCGUCCUCCAUCUGGCCACCUACCCUGCAAACGGCCCUGCUCUGAAGUCGCUGGCUGUGCUGUGCCCAGCGCGGCACCAGCCUGCAGGAAACUAGGCCACUGAACUCUGCCUGCCCUCUGGGAUUUUUCUUUUUUUUAUUUAAUAGAUUAAACACGGAAGCUGCCCCCCACCUCCAAACUUUUCGCCGUAGACAGUGAGACAGAGACACCACCAAUGUGCAUUCACAGGAAACAAAAGCAAAUAUAAUCCUCUGUGUAUUAUAAGCUGUGUGACAGGUUCAAGCGGCUUCACCGCACAGAGCAGCUGUGCGCCGCUGUAUGCGACCAUCAGCCUGUUACUAAACCCACCACCACAGCGGCUUGUCUCUGCCUUUAGGUACAAUCUCUAGCUGUGAGUGGACAAUCCUGGACUGUGAUGUCAUCAGCGACAGGUGUUAAGUGGGCUAGACAUGGUUUCCGUGGCAACAGUAAAAAACCCUGAGAUGCAGCAUCUCUCCUCCUCCUCCUCCUCUCUGUCUGUCUGUCUCUCCUCUGCUGCUUGAAGCUAAGGGGGGAGAGAAAGAGAGAGACUCAGCACUCAGCACAGCAGAAAGAAAUAAUACGACACAGAUCCUCCAAGGGUCCACAUCUCUUGAAUAUUAAAUAAGCUCUAUGAUCCAUUAACCCUUUGAGCUCAGUCUGUAACUGCACUUUUGUUCCCCUCAUAGCAUGUGUACAUACAGGGAUGCCUCCAUGUGUUUUCUGCAUCAUUGUAUGAGUAUUAUUCAUUAGUUGUUUUUUUUUUUUUUGGGGGGGGGGGGGGGGG